AUGCAGAGAGACGGGGAAACACUCAGGAAAUAUAUAGAAAGGUUCAACAAGGAGGCGAUGCAGAUAGAAGAACUGAUUCAGGAGAUCGCCUAUACGGCACUGCUCAACGGGACCACUAAUUCAGACCUGAGAAAAGAAUUGCUGGCUAAAUCACCAAAAUCGUUCACUACGUUGAUGACCAUCGCACAUACACAAAUCCGGGUGGAUGACGGACAGAGAGAGAUAGAAAAUCGGCAUGGACGGACGGAAGAAAGAACAUUCUCAGAAAGAAGGAAUGGGGAUAGAUCGCCCAUAGGAAAAAGGUUCGGGGAAAAAGGCAACGACCGUUUCAGAAAUAAGAGAAAAACGGAUGAGGACAGGCGAUACACCCCCCUAAACACUACCAGAACCAAUCCAGCAAGAGGGACAACAGCAAAUACUGUGAGUUCCACAGAGAUAACGGCCACACCACAGAUGAAUGCUGGCACCUGA